GAAAACGUUACAGUAUGCCACUACUUGGAUUCAUCGCCGUUUUCGCUGCCGGUUUGAGAUUAUGUGUGAGAACGUCCGUUUCGCAGAACUAGAAGUGACGUGAGCAAUUACAUACGUACGCCCAACAACACUUGAUAUCAUAAUGUGACUGAUAUACGGGCCAAUGGGACCGUAGAUUGAUUGACUGCAUGGAAAUGGACACAAACAGACAGACAGAUAUCAACGCGCGUGCGCAUUCUAUUUGCGCAGUUAUGUUUGGAACCUCGAGGAACAAAUCUGGAAAGCAACUGCGUAGGUCGGCAUCUGGUCGUCCUUUGAUGGUCAUCGACGUCAACCUUUCAUCAUUGAAACACUAGCAAUCACCAGGACAGCAUUCCUUCACUUCACUUCACAUGAUGCUGAGACGUCAGAUUUUGCCUUUCACCGUCGGUCUAGCAUUCGGCAUUCUCGCUACAUAUAUCAUGGUUAGCUUCACUAUUCGCGAUUCAUCGCUCAGGCUGAUCGUCAAGCAGUCCGCUGCUCAUGAUCACGUGCCAGAGUCGCCCCACGGGCAUGACCAUGAAGUAGUAGAGGAGGCCUCGCACUCCAGACCGUCAAUUGUGUUUCACGACAUGGAGGAGUCUCAUCACAAGGGUUCAGACCGGGUCGCUCGUAGUCUAUACAAUACAACAAGAGUGUUGUGUUGGAUUAUGACAAGUCCGAAGACGUUAAAAAGCAAGGGGAAGGCUGUUAAGGAGACGUGGGGCAAACGCUGUAAUAUAUUGCUCUUUAUGAGUUCAGAAAAGGACGACAGUUUUCCUGCUAUCAAAUUGAAUGUGAACGAAGGGAGAGAAAACUUGUGGCCAAAGUCGAGAGAAGCAUGGAAAUAUGUGUAUACCCAUCAUAUUAACGACGCCGAGUAUUUCAUGAAGGCCGACGACGAUACGUUCGUUAUCGUCGAGAAUCUCCGAUAUCUCGGUUCGCAACACAACCCGUCUGACCCUCAUUUUUGGGGUCGAAGGUUUAAACCACUCGGCGAUUACAAUAGUGGAGGUGCCGGGUAUGUGAUGAGUCGAGGUGCACUGCAACGUGUCGGCCCCACUCUAGACACAUGUCCGUUCAAAGACUCAAAUGAAGACGUUCAAAUUAGUAUUUGUCUUCAUGGCGUGGGUGUGGGACCGGGAGACUCGAGGGACGGCAUAAAGGAGAGAUUCCAUCCGUUCGUUCCGGAGCAUCAUCUCAUACCCGGACGUGUCCCGCCUGGUAAUUGGUAUUGGAACUACAUCUAUUAUCCGGGACACGAAGGACCGGACUGUUGCUCGGAUUAUUCCAUAUCGUUUCACUAUGUCAGCCCUAGCAACAUGUACGUACUAGAGUUUUUAGUCUAUCAUCUGAGGCCCUAUGGCAUAGCACAGUGAACAGAUACAACGUGCAGACAUGUUUGCAUUGCUGAUUCUUCGCUUAGUUAUACAGUACUUGAUUGCUUAACACUCAGUAGUAAAUACAAACAUCUAAUCUUUAAUGGUAACAUAUCAACAUUAGACAAGCCCCGGGU